AUGCCACCUCUCAACACUUCUCACCCCUCUCCUGUCACCUUCUCUCUGAUGGGCAUCCCAGGUCUAGAGCACCUGCAUGUCUGGAUCGGGAUUCCCUUCUGCUCCAUGUACGUGGUGGCUGUGGUGGGGAACGUGAUCAUCCUGGCAGUGGUGAGGGCAGAGCGGAGCCUCCACGAGCCCAUGUUCCUCUUUCUGUGCAUGCUGUCAGUCACUGACCUGGUCCUCUCCACGUCUACACUGCCACGCAUGCUGUGUCUGUUCUGGCUUGGAGCCCGUGACAUUGCCUUUGAUGCUUGCCUGGCCCAAAUGUUCUUUAUCCACAGCUUUACUGCCAUGGAAUCAGGCUUCUUCCUGGUCAUGGCCAUGGAUCGAUAUGUGGCCAUAUGUCACCCCCUGCGCCAUGCCACCAUUCUCACCCACACUCACAUCACCAUAAUGGGUAUAAUUGUGGUGGUCAGGGGUGUGGCCUUCUUUUCUCCACAUCCCAUCCUGCUCAAACAGCUUCCCUACUGUAGAACACGAAUCAUUGCCCACACCUACUGUGAGUUCAUGGCUGUGGUGAAGCUGGCAUGUAUGGACACAGGGGCCACAAAGCGUUGUAGCCUCAGUAUGGCUUCCAUCAUAGGCUCAUGUGAUGCUAUUCUCAUUGCUGUAUCCUACGCCUUCAUUCUCCACUCUGUAUUUCACCUGCCAUCCCGAGAAGCUAGCUUUAAGGCUUUGGGCACAUGUGGCUCCCAUGUUUGUGUCAUUCUUGUCUUCUAUUCCACAGCGGGCUUUUCCAUUUUCACUCACCGUUUUGGGAAAAAUAUACCUGCACACAUUCAUAUUUUUAUUGCAAAUAUGUACCUUUUGGUGCCUCCUUUCCUUAACCCUAUUGUAUAUGGAGUAAGGACUAAGAAAAUACGGGAACAUGUUCUUGGGGCUAUAAGAGCUAAAGCUGCCUGA